UGGGGGCGGAGCUUCCCGGGAUACGUCACCGCUCGGAGGCGCCGGCGGUCGCGGGGAGGAUGGCGGCGGAGGGGGGCCGGGUCCAGAUCUCCUUCCCCCAACACGCGGCUGCGUUGCUGGAUUCCCUCAACCGCCUGCGGCUGGAAGGGAAGUUCUGCGACGUGACCGUUCACGUCGGCGGUCGGAUCUUCCCGGCUCAUAAAAGCGUCUUGGCCGCCGCAUCCCCCUUCUUCCACGACAAGCUGCUUCUCCAAGAUGGGGGGCGUCUGCUGUUGCCCCCCGCCAUCGAUCCUGAUGCCUUCGAGGGGCUCUUGCACCUCAUCUACUCUGGGCGGUUGACAUUGGUGUUGGAAGCUCUUCCUGGUCAUCUCUUGGUGGCCAGCGGUCUUCAGAUGUGGCACGUGGUGGAUCAGUGCUCGGAGAUCUUGAGGGAGUUGGAGGGGGGAACGUGCCGGUGGGUUGGGCGGAGCAGCGAGGUGACGUCGUCAUCAUCGUCAAGCGGGCGCGGUGGCGAGGCUUCGUCGUCGUGGACCAUCCGUGGUGGGGAUGGGUCUUCGUGCGUCAGCCAUGGUGGAGAUGGGUCUUCAUCGUCAUCCUGGACCACCCGUGGUGGAGAUGGGUCUUUGUGUGUCACUCAUGGUGGGGAUGGGACGUCAGCGUGGACCACCCGUGGUGAUGGGUCUUCAUGUAGCACUCACGGUGGAGAUGGAGGAUCAUCAUGGACCACCCGUGGUGGAGACGGGUCAUCAUGUCCCACCCGGGGUGGUGACGGAGCGUCAUCGUGGUCUACUCGCGGUGGCGACGGAUCGUCAUCGUGGAACACGCGUGGUGGCGACGGCUCGUCAUGUCCCACCCGCGGUGGUGAUGGAACAUCUUCAUGGUCCACUCGCGGUGGCGACGGAUCUUCAUCGUCAUCGUGGCCCGUGCGAGGUGGCGAUGGCUCUUCGUGGGCCGCCCGUGGCAGUGACGUGGCGACGCCAUCUUUCGCCAAGGAGGGGGGCGAGGAGGUUCUCAAAAUCCGUGUGGCCGCCGACAUGGCGCCGGCAGCGACAUCAUCCCUGAGCUCCCUCCUGAAGGACGCCGGUGAGGAGGUCCUCAAGAUCUGCGUGGAGGAGGAGGAGGAGGAGGAAGAAGAGGAGGAAGAAGAAGGCGGCCACCGCCGCCGUCACCGCCCCACCGACGCCCUCCAGAUCGUGCUGGAGGAAGAGGAGGAGGAAGACGGGGCACCCGGAGACACCCAUGAGCCCCCCAAGAUCUUCUACAUCAAGCAGGAGACGGGCGACGCUGCCGCCGUCGAGGGCCUCCUGCCUGCGGCGGAGUUGGCGGGCGGCUUCGCGCCGGCGGAGGUGAGUUACGUCAUCCCGGCGGGCGGCAGCGGGACGACGGUGACAACCGGCGGCACGAUGGUAACAACCGGCGGCGCUGCCGUUUUUCCGCAACCGUCUUGGAAACCGGUGGACCUUCACGGGAACGAAAUCCUGGGUCGGGGUCAAGCCCUCCAUGCCCCGGUGAAGCUCGGAGCGGCUCCUGACGGUAAACGUUUCGGUUGUUUGUGCGGUAAACGGUUCGCCGUCAAACCGAAGCGAGAUCGGCACAUCAUGUUGACCUUCAGCCUCCGUCCUUUCGCCUGCGCUGCCUGUCACAAGCGUUUCAAGCUGAAGCAUCACCUGACGGAACACAUGAAGACCCACGACGGGGCGGGCCGGGCCUGCGAACGCUGCGGGCGACGGUUCCGCUUGCGCAGCGGUUUGGCCAAACAUCGGCCGCUCUGUCAGGGGGCUCGGUGGGGAGGGGGGUGCUGGGCCUGCGAGUGAGGUGGGGGGGGGCGUAGACGGGGAGAGGGUAAAGGGAUUGGGGGUGGGGAGUGGGGGGGAAUGGUUUAGGGUUUGGCCCAGUUUGGGCUCUGGGCUGGUUAAGGCUCUGGCCCAGUUCAGGGCUCUAGGCCCAGCUCAACUCCUGGCCCAGCUUAGGGCUCUAGGCCCAGCUUACCUCCUGGGUCUAGUUCAGGGCUCUAGGUCCAGCUCCGGUCCCAGCCCAGUUCACACCCUGGACCUAGCUCAGGGCUCUAGGCUCCAGUUCAGCGCCCUAGGCCCAGCUACUGGCCUAGUUCAGGGCCCUAGGCUCCAGUUCAGCACCCUAGGCCCAGUUAAAACCCUGUACCAGUUAACAUCCUAGCCCAGUUUAGGGCUCCGGUUCCAGCUCAGAGCUCUAGGCCCAACUCAGGGCUCUGGGCCCAAUUCAAGGCUUGGCCCUCUAAAGCCUCUGCCCAGUUCAGGUCCCAGCCCAGUUUAGGCUCAGGUCCCAGCUCAGCUCCUGGCCCAGUUCAGGUCUCAGCCCAGCUGACAGCUCUUCCAGUUUAGGGCUCUGCACCACUUCAAGUCACAACUCAGGCCAGGCCUCUAGGCCCAGCCCAGACUCUGUACCACUUAACAUCCCAGCCACUUCAAGGCUCCAGCCCACUUUCACUCAGCACCUGGCCCAGAUGAGGUUCCGUUCCAGUUUAACGCCCUUUCCCACUUUCAGGCCAGCUCCCACUUCACGCCCUGCACUGGGUUGGGGCCGGCUCCCAGUUCAGGGCCCCCUCAGUUUACCGCCUCUUCUGCACCAGCCAAUCAGCGCAUGCAAGGCGGGGGCACGGCAGCCAAUGGCGGUGCGCGGGGGGUGGGACGAGCGUUACCAAGGGGAUGGCACUCCGGCCUCGCGCGCAGCGGGGGCGCCGUGGCAACGGGUGACCAUGGCAACGGCAGCGGGCGCCCCCCGGGUCCUCCUGACCGCCCGCAGGACCCUCCCGGCCUUUUUUGGGGACAUCCCCCCCGCCCCCCCCCCCCAAGUGUCCCCAAGUGUCCCCCCCGGCAGGACACAGUGCCACUGCUGAUCUCACCUCCAUGAGCUUCAAUGGGCCGAAACGGUGCACAAAGGGGCAAAACUCUCAAAAAAGAAAUAAAAGAAAGUGUUGGGACACUG